AUGAUCUGGGCCUUCUGGGAAUGGCUCCAGAGUCUGUUCUACACGAAGGAGCUGGAUAUAUGCCUUGUGGGCCUCCCCAACGCUGGUAAAACUACACUGGCGGGAGUGUUAACGAACGGCGAGUAUAUCGAGGGUGUAUCACCCACUGUGGGGUACAAUCUUCGGCAGCUUCGCAAGGGGUAUGUCCAAAUGAAGAUCUGGGACCUUGGUGGACAGCCGCGAUUCCGGACCAUGUGGGAACGGUACUGCACUGGAGCUUCGGCCAUUGUGUUCUUAGUCGACGCAAGUGUACCUCGUCCGAAAUCGCCAGGGCCUCCUGCUAGCAUGGAGGCGGAAGAAAAACGAAGCCAACAAUGGACAACAGCUCGAGAAGAACUGCAUACCCUGCUAACGCAUACGUCGCUAGCCAGUGUCCCUCUACUAGUCCUGGCUACCAAGUGUGACGUGCCUGGCCAUGCGACACACGACGAAGUGGUGUCGCAAAUGAAGUUGACAUCAAUUCGGGAUCGAGAGGUGUUUUGCUACAGCAUUAGCAGCCGCACAAAAACAAACAUUGACGUCGUACUUCGCUGGCUGUGUGCGCGUAAAUGA